AUGAGCCAUACAGGGACAGCGAGAAGAAAAAAAUGGCUCCCGAGAAUUCCUGCCGCCUUUGCUUUGGCUCCCGACAACAAGCCACCUCUCGAUCGGAUCAAUAAGCGCCAUCUGCCGCCUUGGCCUACCGAGAGCGAGCCACCUCGUGCUUCCUGCUGCCUUGCUUUCCCAAAUGCAUCGGCGACGAUAACCAUGACUGAUGGGACGAGGAGCAAGCAGCUCUCCUAG